AUGGUUUCUUUUUUGGAUCUGAAUGAGGAUAUCAUCUGUUUUCAUAUAGUACCAUAUCUUGAUGAGGUUGAUAUACAAUCUCUUUUCUUGACAUGCAAAGAUUUGUAUUUGUCUUUGAACCAAUCGAUUGUUUGGCAGGAGAUGUUCAAAAAGGCGUUCAAAGAUGACAAUGUUCCCUUCAGCAUUUACUACAAAUGGCCUCAACUGUACAAGAUAAGAAAGGACUGUAAGCUUCUUACUUUUGGAAACAAUGGAAAUAGUCGUUUGGGCUGGUUUUUCGCACCCGGAGAUCAAUCUAUAGAAGUUUUGGAACGAGAUCAUAACCGAAGAUUGAUUAAGCCUGUUGAAUUGGAGUUCGGCAAGAAGAGGAUUGCAGAUGUUGCCGCUGGAGGCUAUACGUUUUGUGUUUUGACCACCGGAGGCGAUCUAUAUUUUACCGGGCGCAAUUGGCAUGGUAUGACAGGCUUAUCGCAACCUGGUCCUUCAUCAAGGGACUAUCAUUUUGCGCGAGAAAGUCCUUCUACCUAUCAGCCAGGAAGAUGUGUCAACAAAGCAGAAGUUCCUCCGGGGGUGAAGAUCAACCAAAUCGGUUGUGGAAGGUCGCACUUCAUUGGGUUCGACACUCACAACCAAAGACUAUUUACUUGGGACAGCAUGGGACGUUUGAAAAAGGGGGUGGAGCUUGCUCUCUAUUUUGACGACAACAAUAAGAUCACCAACGAAAUUCUGAUGAUUAGGGCAGGAUGGUCUUUCAGCACAUGUUUGGUUCACAACGUGGGAAUUGUCGUCUGGAACCGACGCGAGAACUUGAAGCAAGUAGACGGUGAAUAUGGUCCGGUUCGUGCAACAGUGAGUGUUAUUGAUGGGACAAGUACCAUUCUCGAUUACAUUGUUCUGGAUAGUUUUCUGAUCUACUUGACGGACAAUGGGGACCUUUACAAGGUCAAGCUAUCGGGAGAUUUUGGCUCAAGGAUCGGAAGCGGAAAGCUGUUGAAAGAGUUUCAAGAAUAUGUGGAUCGCCAUUCUCAACAAGUUGGCAAAAGACCCCGGUUCGUGCGGCUGAGCGGUUCGUUCGACCAAUUCAGUGCUAUAACGAACGACGACCAAGUGUUGUUUGGAAAUAGGCAGUCCGAUCAUCCUAAAAUCUACAAAGAACUACAGCACAACUCUGUGAUAUCAAUAGCCGUUGGAGAUUACCAUUACCUUGCUUUGAACAAAAAAGGAGAGCUUUACUCUUGGGGACGAGAGUCACACAAAAAUGGGUGCCUUGGACUAGGGAAACUAACGGAUGCACUUUCGAGAGAAGGCGUGCGUGAGGAUGGUGCUGAUAUUGUUGUCGAGCACCCCAUUCGAGUUCCAAUUGAAGGUCAAGUUUUAGCUAUCGCUGCUGGUGGUUGGCAGUCGGCAGCACUAGUGCAUGAAAAUUAA